AUGACGCAAUCACUGCAUAGGAGGCCUUCGUUGCUCUUUGAUGAUUAUGAAAAGACAAUCAUCAUACCUGAACAGGAAGGUCAUACAAGGGCCCCUAUAUUACCCACUAUCAUUGAACCAUCUGAAAGUUCUUUUGAGAAAUCGGAAAAUGAAGAUGCUUCAAAGAAGAAGAAAGAUAGGCCCUAUCCUAAAGACGUUUCUAUAGACGAUAUGGAUAUGAUCAGUUUGAAUACAAGCUUCGAUAGACAAAUGAUUCUUGGAUCACCUAUGUAUCUGGAUCCUCUAGAAGAAACAAACAGAAUCAAUCCGGUCAUAUUAAGAUUACAAAAUGAGGAUAAGAAAGCAAUACACCAUUAUAGCCGAUCUGUACCUUCUGACGCAUCCAAUUUCCAUUUGGAAGAAAUUCAAAAUUCUGAAAAUCCAUUUGCCUCCAUCGUUGAAAUGAGAUCUAAAUAUAUCUUGAGUUCAGCUCAGGACAGUAGCUCUAAUGCAAAAAAUGAUGUAAAAAAUUGGCUGUUAUACCCUGAACCUUUGCCAAAAUUUUGGAAAUUUGAAUAUGAUAAGAGAUUUAAUGGAGAUUAUUUGAGUGCUAACCAUCUUUCAAACCAAGACGAAUUGGAUAUAAAUUUCACCCCAGAUCCAACUCCGUUACCAGAGUUGGAAACAUUACCACAAUCCAAUACAGUGCAUAUAUUUACGAAAAACGGUAAGAAAAUACAUUUCACAGGUGAGUAUUUCGAUUUAGACCAAUACAGCAAACUGGAAAAGAAAACAAAAUCUAGAAAUACACUUUCACCAAUGGCACAAUUACAUUCCAGUCAAAAUCAAUUGUCAAUCCCCACCUUUGAUGAAUUCAAAUCGGACUUUAGUUUCAUAAUAGAUACAAUCCAAUCACACAAAUUGAAUGAAAUUGCUGAGAAAAGACUACAGUAUCUAUUAGAUAAAUUUGAAUUAUUCCAAUAUUUAUCAUCUAAAUCAGAAAUUCAGGAAAAUAAAUUAGUUCCGUAUCGUGAUUUUUAUAAUUCAAGAAAGAUCGAUAUGGAUUAUCUAUUAAGUGGUUGUGUCACCCAGCGACAAUUAAGUGAAUUCAUUUGGGAAAAGAUAAAUUUGGAACCUAACAGACCAGUCUAUAUACAUCCAAAGACAAAGGAGAUUCUUACUUUGAAACAAAUUUUUGAGAUAUCAUGUGCCCCAGAAGAGUCAAUGAGCAUUGGGUUAAAAGUUAUUGAAGACGAAUUUUUAGAGUGGUACCAGGAAACUUAUUUGUUGCAAGAUCAUUUGAUACCUGGUUUAGUAGACCCUUAUACUUUACCAUCUAAAAAAAUGAGGUUUUUUUUGCUGACACAAGUGUUCUUGGAAUUUGAUAAUUUUAUCAAAGGGGAGUAUCUUGCUGAAUUAAUUAUAAGGUACAUAAUCAAUCCGAUCGAAAAAUCCAAGUAUCAAUUAAUUCAAAUGUCAGUCGACUUUCAAUUUUAUCCAGAAUGCCCUGAUUAUAAUGAGACGGAGAAUUGGUGGAACAAAUUUUCCGAUUGGCUGAGCAGAUGGAACUUAAUAUCUUACAAUAUACGGUGGAAUGUUCAAAUUUCGAGAAUAUUUACCAAAUUGUUCACUGUAAAGAGAGUUUCAAAUUUUCAAGAAUUUCUAAACAUGAUUUUUGAUCCCUUAUUAAAAACCUCAAAAUAUAUGGGGCAUUUGCAGUUAAGAUAUUUUCUGACCAACGUUUGUUCCCUUGAUCUUGUCAUCAAUAGAAAAGAUGCAUAUCUUUGGAAGGAAUUUACAGAUGUAAACUGCCCACCAAUAAAUUGGGAGGCUAAAGGGGAUAAUCCGACAAUUGCACAUUACAUGUAUUACUUAUUUGCCGGUAUUGCCAAAUUGAAUACAAUACGACAGGAUAGAGGAGAAAAUGCAAUUACAUUAAGAAAUAAUUGUUCACCAACCAGCAAUAGAACAUCUCAAUUUGGAACCAGUCAUGUGUUUACAGAUCAAAUCGAGUCUCUAGUAUGUAAUUUACUACUCUGCAAUGGUGGAUUAUUACAAGGUGAGCCUAUUUGGAAGACACAAUCUUUGAUGUUACCAUACCUGUUUUAUCUUUUCCAAAUACCAAUAAUUGUGGCUCCUUUAUCUUCAGUUUCUUCGCUUUCCUCCUUCUGGCAGAGUAUUCAAACAACGUCUGGCAAUUCAAAACAGAGUUCUCCUUCUCCUCCUCCUCCAAAUUCCCCUUCUUCCUUAAUAUACGAAGAACAGCAAGAACCGGAAUCUGUGAAACCGAUAUACACAAGAGAUAUAACCUUGGGAGAACAACCUACUUAUUCACUGAACCCCUUUAUGAAAAUGUUCAAAAUUGGCUUUAAAGUGACAAUAUCGUCGAAAUCUGUGCUUUUCAAUUCAUCAUAUACAUCUGAACCAAUAAUUGAGGAAUUUAGCGUAGCUGCAUCAAUUUACUUAUUGAACGCAGCAGAUCUAUGUGAAUUAUCCAGGAAUAGUGUCAUCAGUAGUGGGUAUGAGGGAUGGUAUAAAAAACAUUGGGCUGGGGUAACUGUUAACCGAACAGACCUUAAAUUUCCUCAAGAGACUUUGGGCAUGAUAGAUGAGUGGUACGAUAACGAAAUAGAUACCAGAAUCAAACAUAAUGUUCCUAUGAUUAGAAGAGGUUAUAGAAAAGAAACUUGGGAUCAAGAAUGGAUAUUUAUAAACGAACAGAUAGGUUAA